AUGGUAAAGGACAUAAUGGAGGUUUUCAUGGAUGAUUUCUCAAUGGUGGUGAACUCAUUUGAUGAGUGCCUUAUGAACUUGAAAAGAGUAUUGAAGAAGUGUAUGGAGACUAAUCUGGUACUGAAUGGGAGAAGUGCCAUUUCAUGGGUAGCGUUUGAAGAGUUGAAGAAGAGGCUGGUGACUUCCCCAAUCAUAGUGGCACCCGAUUGGGCACAACUUUUUGAGCUGAUGUGUGAUGCAAGCAACUAUGUUGUGGGAGCGGUUCUUGGGCAGAGAAAAGAUAAAGCCAUGCACCCAAUCUACUAUGCAAGUAGAACCUUGAGUGGUGCUCAACUUAAUUACAGAGUGACAGAGAAAGAUAUGCUAGCAGUGGUGUUCGCAUUUGAUAAAUUCAGGUCAUAUCUGAUAGGCUCGAAGACAUGUCAUGCUUCGCCUUAUGGAGACUAUUUUGGAGGAGUAAGGAUAGCUGCUAAAGUGAUGAAGUCAGGCUUUUAUUGGCCAACGUUGUUUAAAGAUGAAAACUUUUGGGUGAAAAGCUCUGAUGAGUGCCAACGGACGGGGAACAUCUCCCAUCGACAUGAGAUUCCCAUGAACCCAAUUCAAGAGGUGGAAGUAUUUGAUGUAUGGAGAAUCGAUUUUAUAGGACCAUUUGUCAGCUCAUAUAGCAACAAGUACAUACUGGUAGUUGUGGACUAUGUCUCGAAAUGGGUAGAAGUCUGGCACUCCCAACAAAUGAUGCGAAGGGAGUUAUUGUUAUUGGGAAAAUAUGGUGUUCGCCAUAAGGUUGCCACUUUGUAUCACCCACAAACAAGUGAGCAAGUGGAGGUGUCGAACAGAGAAAUCAAGAGUGUUUUGACCAAAACUGUAAAUGCUACUCGGAUUGAUUGGGCGAAAAUAUUGGAUGAUGCGUUGUGGGGAUACCCCAUGGAAUUCAACACUUUUAUUGACUUGGAGGCCGCUGGAACGAGUAGAGUCACAGAGCUGCAUGAACUUGAUGAGUUUUGUUACCAUGCUUUUGAGAGAACAAUGCUAUACAAGGAAAGAAUGAAGAUGGUGCAUGACAAAAACAUUCUUGAACGAAAUUUUAAACCUGGAGAUGUGCUAUUGCUAUACAAUUCGAGAUUGAAGUUGUUUCCGGGCAAGUUAAAGUCAAGAUGGUCAGGGCCAUUCUGUGUGGUAGAGAUGCAUCCCACCAGAGCUAUAGAUAUUGCAUCAUAA